AGGUAGCCCGCCCCAGCACCGCCCUCUUCUCCCCGGGUCCUGUUUCGUACAUAGAUUUGCAUGCGAAUCACAGCAGAGGAAGGACUGCUUUGUGUGGCGCGUCUCUCUCUGCAAGCACACACAUCUUCUCUCAUGUACCCUGCGGUGAUCCGGGGUGGGGCCAUACUCCUCACCUUUUGGACCCAAUUGGAAUUGGCCGUUGGGAUCCAAGAGGCCGUCUAUCAUUUAGUGCCCGGCGUGAAUGCCCAUUUCAAAUCUCCAGUCUCUGAGGUUGCCAUUGAAUCUUUCGUCCGAUGCGCUGCCCUCUGCAUGAGUACUAUUGCUUCCACUCGCUUCCAUCUGGGAUCCCCACAGCAACCAGAACUGCACGGCCUUCGUGAUGGAGGACUUGAACGGAAGGAGCGUUUGCCAGUUGGGAGGCAAAGCCUCCGAAUUGGAAGCAGUCACCGGGCAUGCUUCAGGUGUCUACUACAGCGUAAUGUUGAAUUGGUCCGCAUGACUAAAUUCUGGACCCCAGAUGUCACCGGAGGUUACGAGUACGCCAUGGCCACAGGGAAGCUCCACUUCCUGAAGGCCUUCAACCAAACGAAAUACUACGCUAACGCGCUGACAGACUGCAAGGCGGAUGGGGGCCUCCCUGCCAUGGACAACCGAGGAAGCGCCUGGCACCAGUUCCUCCUCGACUACGCCGCCUCUCACUUCGGCCCGAGCUACACGCGUUUCUGGCUGGGGCUGACUUCUCCCGGUGGAGUCUCGAGCAAGUUUACAUGGUUGGAUGGCACACCGAUGAACCAAACGUUCUGGGGUCCAAAGAAUCCGAACAACCUGGCGGACAACCAUUUCCUGGUCGUCGAGAUGGUGAACAUCGCGGACGUCGCGGCCGGCGUGUGGUGGAACGGAUUGUGGAAUGACGGGUGGGGAGAAUUCUACCUCCCUUACCUGUGUGAAAAGAGGAUUCCAUGAUCUCACAGCAUUCUUCUCUUGUAAUUUUCUUCGUUUCGUUUGAAACAUGGCAUUUAUUAAUUAUUUCGUGUAAUUUUUCUGAAUAAGGGGAUCCAU